AUGAGUCCCUCUGCUGCCUUGGGAAGGAUGAUCGAAAGGGUGAUACUGCUGUUCCGGACGUCGCUGAUGAACGCCGGGGCUGUGCUCAACUUUAAACUGAAAAAGAAGGACAAGCAAGACUUUGGGGAGGAAUUGAGGGAACCCAGCUCAGGAGACAACAUCCGGGAAUUCUUAGUGAGCCUAAGGUACUUCCGGAUCUUCAUCGCGCUGUGGAAUGGAUUCAUGAUGCUCUGCACGAUCGAACUGUUCAGCUCUUGA